AAGAAAGAAAGAAAGAAAGAGAAAAAAAAGGAAGAAAGAAAGAAAGAAAAAAAGCAGCAGCCGCCCUCGGGGGCCGGCCGGUCGAUGAGAUCCGGGGUGGCCUGUUGCGUCCGGUCCUUGGCUCGGGGGAACAUGCUCCCGCCGCCUCCCAUCGCUGCCCUGCCUUAGCUCUCCAUCCUCCCUUUGGUGUGGCCCGGCUUGGUUUUGCCUUUUUUUUUAAAUCAUCUGCAUCCGUCCCGUCCCGUCGUCCCCCCCCCCCCGGUUGAUGGUGGCAGGACCGGCUCGCACAGGGUGGUGCUCCCCCUGCCCCCCCUAAAGUGGUCUCAGGCCGUCGUGUUCGGUGGGCAGGGAGGGGGCAGGGUCCGGGUCUUCCCACCCCCCCCCCCCCCCCCCGGGGGCCGGGGCCAUGGGGGGCAAGCAGAGCACGGCGGCCCGCUCCCGAGGUCCCUUCCCCGGCGUCUCCAGCGACGACAGCGCCGUGCCUCCUCCGGGAGGGCCUCCCUCCUUCGGGCCUUACCGGGCGGGCGGCGGGGCCAUGGGGCUGCGCAGCCGGUCGGUGAGCUCGGUGGCCGGCAUGGGCAUGGACCCCGGCCCGGCCGGCCCGGUGCCCUUCGGCCUCUACAGCCCGGCCAACCGCGGGGCCGGGGAUGCCGAGCGGGCCGGCGGCGGAGGGACCGGGCCCGACCCGUCCUUCGCCCCUGGCAACGGUUACCAGGAGACGGGCGGCGGUCACCAUAGAGACGGGAUGCUCUACCUGGGCUCCAGGGCCUCGCUGGCCGACGCGCUACCUCUGCACAUCGCGCCCCGGUGGUUCAGCUCACACAGCGGUUUCAAGUGCCCCAUUUGCUCCAAGUCCGUGGCUUCCGACGAGAUGGAAAUGCACUUUAUCAUGUGUCUCAGCAAACCCCGCCUCUCCUACAACGAUGAUGUGCUGACUAAAGAUGCAGGCGAGUGCGUGAUCUGCCUGGAGGAGCUGCUGCAGGGGGACACAAUAGCCAGGCUGCCCUGCCUGUGCAUUUAUCACAAAAGCUGUAUAGAUUCGUGGUUUGAAGUGAACAGAUCUUGCCCUGAGCACCCUUCGGAUUGACCUGCUGGACAAUGCUCGCUCACUCCUCUCCAAGCCCCUGCACUUCCUCUUCUCUCGUCCCGCUCCUCUCUUUGCAAGCCCAGGCUGGAGCAGUCAGGCACUCUAGGACUCUUGGCCGUGGACUGCGUUGCCCCCCCGAGUGUCUCGCUUACUGGGGAGUGGAGCCAGCUGACUCAGAGAUGGGGCGGGAGGGUGUCCGGCCCCGGCCCCCUCAGGGGGGAGCGUGUAGGUUUGAUCUUGCGUUUUCUUUUCCAGGGCACCUUGCUUUACUGCUGACCACCCUCUCCUCUCCCCCUCCCCACCUGUCCCCACCUGUCCCUACAGAGUUCUGGGCUGACGUUUUCUCUAUUUUUGCAAGAACGAAAGAAACCCCCCACCAAAACUGAAACCUUUGAAUCCACUCCAACUCCUGUCAUCGAUGGCUCCGUUGGAUUUUUUUUUUUUUUUGGUCUCAUUGCUUUGGUUCUUGGUUUUUUAUUAUUUAUCUCAAACCACCCCAGAAGAGAUGAUGUAAGAAAAUUCAGGGACAUUGGCUCUUUCUACCUUCACCUAAAAGACUGAUGACAUGGGGAGAGGAGAAGAAGAAGUGAGCAAAGGAGCCAGAGAGAGAGAGUGAGGGGGAGAGGGAGCAAGCGAGCUGGAAGGGAGAGCAAAGCUGGAUGGGCCUCCUGGAAUCCCGUCUUGAUGUUUGGCUUCGGGAACAGCCCCCCCUCCUCCCACCCCCUUCCCCAGACGGUGGCAGCAGUCAGACUGGCCCCUGCCUGGGCUGCAGCGGGACGGAGCCAACCCCCGGCUUUCCGGCCAGACGGAGCGCAACGUAUUUAUUCCAGUCCACAAAAGGAAACAACCUUGCUCGGCGGGCGGGCGCCGGACACACGCAGGCCACGCUCCCGCACUGACGUCCAAGAGGAUCGUUCCCCUUGGCGGACCGGACCCCAAACUGAAUGAGGAGGAACUUGAGAGAAGAAGAAAAAAAAAUUUAAAAAAAGCAACUGCAAUCUCACCCCCGAGGAGGGAAAGGGCAUUUUCUUUUCGCGUUUGAAAGGCAUUGUGGGUCUGUCUUUAAAAGUGUUUACAAAAAAAGUCUAGUGUCGACUGGUGUUUUCCUGGUGAUGUUUACAGAUUGCUGUUUGCCCCCACCCCCCCCACCCUGCCUCUGGCUAUAACCACUCAGGCCCUGAGCUUAGGCGCCACGCCUCUCCCGCCCAGCCCCCCUCAGCGGGCAGACGGGCUGGUGAAACCGCUCGGGCGAUUUCCAUCUUGUGUUUUAGUUUUGCACUUUCCUCACGUCCCAUCUCCAAAUUGCCAAAAGACAACCCUUUGGACUCCUCCCUCCCUUCCUUCCGGUCCUCUUUUUCCUCUCCCUUCUCCGGCCCCCUCCUCUAUCCCCAUUUCUUCUCCUCUCUGCCCUCCCCAUUUCGGUCUUCAGUACAGUUCCGAGGAUCCAACAAUCACAAGUGUCCUGCGAAGAUGCCUGAACAUUUUUUCUUAGACCCUUGUGGAUUUUUUUUUUCCAGAAAACUUAAAAAAAAAAAGAUGAAAAAAAGAGGUCCAGCCAACCCGUUUUCAGGCGCACGCUCCGUUUGAGAACAUUUUAGCCAUUGAAGUUCAUAUGUGGCAUCUGCCCAUGCAAGAUAGGGUUCUGUAUUUAUAUAUUAAAAAAAAACCAAAAAACUGAAAACAUAAAAAUUGUUCAAAGCUUGGGGAAAAAAGCUUUCUUCAUUAGUCAAGGUGUUUUGAUAUGGUAUUAAAAAUAAUGUUCAAUAA